CCUCUCUCUGUCGGAGGAUAUAAGACUGCAGACUAUUUCAUUUCUCUAUCUGAACAUUCUUCAGAUUUGCAUCGUGUCAGAGUUCUGCUCUUCUUCAUCUUCAGACUUUGUGCAGUUUAGAUUUAAACAUUCCAUCCUUUUUACUGAAAACAACUCGACCAAAGGACAGCAGCACCUUCACACCUGAGCUCUCUCCACCAACUCUACGCUAUAUAGGAGGCUGGGAUAAAGGCAGCAGACGUCAACCCAACUCAGCUCACAGAGAGGAGGGCUAUAUACACUUACAAGGUGAGGAUGACAUCCACGGCAAAUCGACUGGCCCGUCAGCAGGACAGGGAACAAGGCAUUGGCACAAACAAGAAAACAAUGAAGUUCUCCCAGCAAGAUUAUGAGACUCUGCGCAAGCAGUGUUUGAAGAGUGGACGCCUGUUUGAGGACAACUGCUUCCCAGCUGAGCCCACAUCCCUGGGCUACAAUGAGCUGGGACCAGGCUCACCCAAAACCAAGGGGGUUGUUUGGAAAAGGCCAAAGGAGCUGUGCUCAAACCCAAAGUUCAUUGAUCAUGGAGCUACAAGGAUGGACAUUUGCCAAGGAGCUCUGGGUGACUGCUGGCUUCUGGCUGCAAUAGCCAGUCUGACUCUAGACCAGCAGAUCCUGGCUCGCGUGGUGCCCCAGGAACAGAGUUUUACUGAAGGUUACGCCGGGAUAUUUCACUUCCAGUUCUGGCAGUUUGGCGAGUGGGUGGAUGUGGUGAUCGAUGACCGUUUACCAACAAGAAAUGGAAAGCUGCUGUUUGUUCACUCAGCGGUGGGCUCAGAGUUUUGGAGCGCGCUGCUGGAGAAGGCCUACGCCAAGUUGUAUGGCAGCUAUGAGGCCCUGUCAAGUGGAAACACUAUUGAGGGUUUUGAAGAUUUCACGGGAGGGAUUGCAGAAGUAUACACCUUAGACAAAGCUCCACCGAAGCUCUUCCAAAUCAUGCAGAAGGCCCUGAGCCUGGGUUCACUGCUUGGUUGCUCUAUUAAUAAAAAGAACAGUGCCGAGACAGAGGCAGUUACAGCUCUCAAACUUGUCAAGGGACAUGCAUACUCAGUCACUGGUGCAGAGGAGGUUCAUUUCCAAGGUAAGCCGGUUCAGCUGGUUCGCAUGAGGAACCCAUGGGGUCAGGUGGAGUGGACUGGGCCUUGGAGUGAUGGGUCCAUUGAAUGGAACCAUAUCAGCAAAGAUGAGAAAUCAAAGUUGAACCAUGCGGCUGAUGAUGGCGAAUUCUGGAUGUCCUAUUCAGACUUUAUCAAGCAGUUCUCCAGGCUGGAGAUCUGUAACUUGACCCCAGACACGCUCAUGAGUGAUAAAGUGUGCCACUGGAAGCAUUACCAGUAUGAAGGGAUGUGGAGGGUGGGUUCUACUGCAGGCGGCUGCCAGAAUUUCUCAGACACAUUCUCGUCCAACCCUCAGUUUGUGGUGCGCCUGGAGGAUGUGGAUGAUGAUCCCCUGGAUGGGAAGGAUGGAUGUACCUUUCUGGUUGGGCUCAUGCAAAAGGAUGGGCGACAGCAGAAGAAGCUUGGCCGCAACCUUGAGUGCAUUGGCUUUGCCAUUUAUAAGGUCCCAGAUCAGUACAAAGGCCAACGCAAUGUUCACCUGGGUCCAGAUGUCCUGCUGCGACAGAGACCUGUGGCCACAAGCAGCUCCUUCGUCCCCACACGGGAAGUGUGCAACCGUUUUAAACUUCCUCCAGGAGAAUAUGCCAUUGUUCCCUCGACCUUCCAGCCUGACAAGAAUGGCAGCUUCCUUCUCAGGGUGUUCUCUGAGAAACAUGUUGCAGCCAGUCCACUGGAGCAGCACAUUGACAUUCAAAUAGAGGAGGAGGAGCUAUCUGAGAGUGAUGUGGAUCCUCAUUUCAAGGAGCUCUUCAAGCAGACUGCUGGCAAUGACAUGGAGGUAUCGGCCUUUGAACUGGUUGAAAUUUUGGACAAAGUUUUCUCUCAGCGGUCUGAUAUCAAGACAGAUGGCUUCAGCCUGGAGACAGGUCGCCUUAUUGUCAGUCUGCUAGAUAAAGAUGAAAGUGGCAAAUUGGGGCUCAUGGAAUUCCACUUGCUUUGGAGCAAAAUCCAGAAAUACCUGGCGAUCUUCAAGAAAUAUGACACAGACAGCUCUGGCACCAUGAACUCCCACGAGAUGAGAGGCGCCGCCACUGAAGCAGGUUUCCAUGUCAACAGUGCUGUGCUGCAGUCCAUUGUCAGCCGUUAUUCCGAUGCUCAGUAUGUCAUAGACUUUGACAGUUUUGUGGGUUGUCUCAUUAAACUGGAAAUGCUCUUCAAAAUGUUUAAGGCUCUGGAGAGAGCAGACACAGGGAAGAUUGAGCUGGAUAUGCAACAGUGGCUGUGCCUGGCCAUCUUCUGACUCUGGAGACAAGAUAAGCGAGGGCCCUUUUGUGGAACCUGCUGGAGGAUUAACAAUACAUUUAUUGAAUUCACAAAAAAAUCUUUUACAAACUAAGUAUACUCAAUGACAGUUCACAUGCACUCUAUAAGUUCCAAAUGCUUGAAAAUGGCUAAAAUGUGUUUGUAAAUUUGAAUCAUAUUUGCUGAACAUAUACAUGGGGAUAUGCUGUAUCACUCACAUGUAUUAUUCCAUUUUUCAAAUCUUUUUUGUGUGCAGCAGGAACAAUU